AUGUCUUGUUGCGGAGGAAAGUGUGGGUGCGGCUCAAGCUGCAAGUGCGGCAGCGGCUGCAACGGCUGCAGCAUGUACCCCGAUCUAGUCGAGACCUCCACCACUUCCACCCAGAUCCUCAUCGCCGGCGUUGCCCCGGCCAGCAUAUGUUUGCAAGAGCUUGUUCCUGGAUGUCACAAGUCAAUGGGUAUGGCAGUAAUGCUAGAAGAGAUCAUCAACUAUGUAUGUUCUCUACAGAAUCAAGUUGAGUUCCUCUCAAUGGAACUAGCAGCAGCAGCUGCAGCAGCAAAUAGUGUCAACUUGGAAACACAGCCAUCCAGAUCAAUAUCAAGGGCUUCUCUUCAGGGGGGAAAUUUAGCUGGGAGAGAAAACUAUGGAGAUGGUAAUGCUAGUACAGCAUGGUCAAUCUGA